GCCUCAUACAUGGUAUUGUUUGUGAGGGGGUAGGAAAGCCUCUUCCCACAGUAAAAUGAGAGGAUUCGGAAAGGUGCUCAUGAAGAAAUCAAGUCGCAUAUCAGGACCAAGCGGACUGGGACCGAUUUCACAAUGUUCAAGUUAACGGAUAUUUUCCAGCAACUUGGCGCAUCUGAGCUGCCCGAAACUCCACCCGCCAACCCCAACGCCCAACCAGUGCGCCGCCGCUCCGCAGUGGCUUCCAUUCCAAAUCAGGGUGGCAAUUCCCAAGCUUCUGAUGCCACUCCGCGGAGGAAGAUGCCCUAUAGACAAAGUAGCACGAAUCCGGUUCCGAACGGCCGCGAAAGACGUCUAGUUACGACUCGCCCUAUCCUUCAAACCAACCAUCUAGGAAAAAGACACGUUACUCCUGCAGCUGAGGCAGUUGAGGGGCCCAAGGGGCUGACUGUGGUGAAACGCCAUAAUCUCACUCAACAUAUUUCCUCAAUGCGCCAGAUCGCCAAAGGAGGGUACUCAGUUGUGUACAAAGGUAUAUGGACGCGUAACUCGCCAGAGAUUUCCCAGGUCAGUAUCUGUUCCUCCCAGCUUGCAGCGGAUUCUGAACGCUUCCAGGAAGUUGCUGUGAAGGUGCUCCUCCCAUCCUGCACAGAGGAUUUAAACGCGGAACGGAAACGCUGGAAGCGCCUGAAAAGAGAGAUGCGAGUGUGGUCACGCCUGAGCCACGCCAACAUCAUUCCACUGCUCGGCUAUGUAAAUGGUGAGGAUGGCCACGGUCUUGUCUCUCCGUGGUAUCCGGAAGGAAAUGCAAUCAACUUCAUCAAGAAUCAUCCUAGCGCCAAUAAAGACAUGAUCUGUGCCGACGUAGCCUCAGGAUUGACAUAUCUUCAUUCACAAUGCCCACCCAUUGUACACGGUGAUAUCAAAGGAGUAAAUAUCCUGAUCGCUUCCGACGGGCGUGCUUCUAUCUGUGAUUUCGGCCUGUCGAGGGUCCUGGAUGAUGACCCCACUGGCUUCACGUCCACGGUGGUCGGAAUGACUCUUCGCUUUUCAGCCCCCGAACUAUUGGAAAAUAACGAAAAGACGGUCGAUGCUGAUGUUUACGCUUAUGGGUGCACUUGCAUCGAGAUUUUACUGGCAACAAGGCCGUACGAGGGCAUCCGUGGCGAAAUGUCUGUCAUGACCGCGAUUGCAGGUGGUACGCCACCUAUCUCUCCUCGGCGGCUUGAAAAGUGUAAAUCACUUCUCCCACUUCACAUUUUAAACAAAUGUUGGAGCAAGGAGCCUUCGAAUCGACCACGGGCUAAAGAAUUGGCUGAAGCAUUUCGGGGCGCAUUAGUGAUUCCCGCAGAGCCGAACCAUACUGCUGAAUGCAGCGAUGCCAGUCUCAGUUCUGACGACUCGUUACCAUCGUGAAGCCCCUCAUCUUGACCAUACAUCAUGCCGUCACCUAUAAUUUCCCCCUGUUGAUCCACUUCAUCGUGGUUUUCUUCGGUGAAUGGACACAUGCAAUUCGGUUACACCCCAGCUCCCCUAUCAAGACUUGGUUUUGCCAUUUUUGCACCCGAUUCCAAGAGAAAUUCAACUUGUCAUCCCACUGAAAAAGUAUAAUUCUCGACCCUGAUUUCAGAUCAUCUCUCGAUCUCCACCAUGGGCAUUUGUGAUCCAGCUCGCCCCCAAUAAACGCUAACCACCAUGCUCACAUCGGCCACACGAUCAAGGACCAACUCUUCGUUUCCUCCUAAACUCGAU